AUGCCUCUCGGGACGACGCUCGCUUGCUUCAGCGCGAUCUUCUCCCUCUGCCUCGCCUCGCUCCACAGUGCCGGGCUCGGCGUCAAGCUGGGCUGUCACGAGGCGUGCGACAGCGGCUUGCCGAGACUGACCGGUCCUAGGGCUGACGCCCUCCGUGCCGCCGACCCCUUCAGCGACCCAGCGACGGUCAAGCCGUGCGGCAAGCCCGCCCGGUGGAUCCCGUCGGAGUUCAACCGCGCCGACAGCCCGUCUCGUCGAUUCACGACUUACGCCGAUGUCGCCGAUGAGGCCCGACUUGAUCAGCUGCGCGCCCGGGCGGCCCGCAAGAAGGCCUUCGCGGCUGGCGGCCAUGGAGGUGGCUGCGGCUCGCGAGGCCCCCCGCCUCACGAGGCGGACAGCGCGCCUGCCGCCGCGCCGAGACGCAGUCUGCGGGACGGCAAGUCCCCCGCGGGUCCGAGCCACGGCCGCUGCGGUGACGCCCCGCCUGGCGCGGCCGACCGAGCUUCCUCGCGCCCCGACGCCGGCCCCCGCUGCACGGGGGUCGAGGCCGUCGCGCCUGGUGCCCCCGGCACCUCGCGGCGAUCGUCGGCGGCAGCCGAGACUUCGAUGACAGGGGCCCGCGCUGGGGGCCUGAGCCUCCUCGAGUACCGCUCCGUGGGCAAGGCUAUGCAGAAGCGGUACAGGGUGACCUUCGACUCGUUCAUGGACUUUGCCGAGGUGGAGUGCCUGGAGACCGCGAGCCCGGCAGAAGUGGACCUGGCGGCGCUCGAGUACCUCGACUUUCGGUACCUCGAAGGGGACCGCUGCGAUGUCGGGAACAUGCUGCUCGGGGCCGUGCUCUUCUGCCGCGCCGACGUAGCCAACCUGGGGCGAUCGAGCCUCCCUCGCCUCCGCCGGGCCUUGAGGGGCUUCCGCAAGGCGGCGCCGCCGGCCAGCCGCCUGCCCCUCCCGUGGGAGUGGUGUGCGGCGCUGGCUGCGGCCAUGCAGUGGAGGGGCCACGUCCAGGCGGCGAUCGCGUUGGUGACGUCCUUCGACACCUACAUUCGGCCAGGAGCUCUCAUGUCGGUGCGGGUGGGGGACGUCCUCCAACCAGUGGCAGCCCAGGGCAUGGACCGCUGGGGCAUCAUUCUGUUCCCGCAGGAGCGCGGCGCGAUGAGCAAGACGGGGGCCCACGACGACGCGAUCAUCUUCGGCAACCACGACGUCGACACGGCACGGCUCGUCAGGUUCUUGAUGGGUCGGAGGAGCGACGACGAGAUGCUGUUCCCGAUCGGGAUGCGCCUGUACAAGAAGCACUUCGACCAGGCGUGCGUGGACCUGGGCCUCGACAAGUUCAGGCUGGUGACCUACCAGGCCCGCCGCGGAGGCGCCACGCGGGACAUCCUGUUGCAACGGAGGACGCUCGAGGAGACUCGCAAGCGGGGCACGUGGGAGACCUACUCCAGCCUGCGCAGGUACGAGAAGAGCGGGAGGGUGCAGAAGGUGAUGCAAUCGACCCCGCCCCACCUCCUCGCCUUCGCCAAGCUGGCGCGCGGAAACCUCGAGGAGUGGCUCCUUGGCGUCAGCCGCGCCUUGGCCAGGCUUGGCGUGCCCACCUUGGUCUACGAGAUCCUCUAUGGGCCUGGCGCCGAUGUCUCCCAGCGUGCCGUUCAGGACCACAUUUUGGACUUUGUGCGGUCCGCCUCGAUUCUCUUCGUCUGGAUUGGACUGCCCUGCACAACCUACAGCCGAGCCCGCGCCGGUGGCGCGGGACCUGGCCCAGUGAGGUCCACAUCUCGCCCUUUGGGCUUGGACGGACUGUCGGCCAAGGACGUUCAGAAGAUUGCAGAUGCCAAUGCGCUGACCCGCUUCACGAUUCGUCUCCUGAAAUGCUGUCGCCAACACAAUGUGCGUGCCGUGCUCGAGAACCCUCGUACAAGCAUUCUCUGGCACGUUCCAGGCAUCCGCCGCCUCCAGGAUUUUUUCGGCUUUUUCAAAGUAGAGGUAGACUACUGCAGAUACGGUGCGAAGUGGAGAAAAGGCACGACCCUCUUGUGCAACUUUGAAGAUGCCACCGCGCUCGAGGCCAAGUGCAAAGUACAAACUUUGGACUAUGGUGGAUGCUCGCGGUGA